AUGCUAAGCAUCACCGCCGCGUACACGACGCUUACUACCACGGUCAUCAACCGACACUUCACUAACUACAAGACAGUCGCUUCUGGCAUUAGCAACGCAGGAUUCACGAUCGGGGGCCUCGCCUUCCCCCCAAUUGCACAGCUCUUCUUCGACCGUUACGGCCUAAGAGGAGGUCUGUUGUUGGGGGGUGCUUUGAUGCUCAACGCUGCCGCCGCCGCCUUACUACAACAAGAUCCUCGUGUGGUGUCUGUUCCUACUUCUCACGAGAAAGCACGGACUGAUUCUCCUAGAGCCAAGGCAUUACGAGGAGCCACCCUUGAGAAUGAGGGUUCCCGCGCUCCAGGAGAGCUCUCAGCCGGACUCCUGCCAAAAUCUGCGCGGUCGUCGAGUAAAGAUAAUUUAAGCACCGAAGAUGAAGACAUAAAUAUUCUUUUGUCUUCAAGAGUGACAGACAACCCCGGAACUGAUCAGCUCAAUGCACAAAAUAUAGAACUAGUGGAACCACAAGUUCAGGAUGCGCUAAAUAUGUACGACGUUUCGAGGACAGCACAGAAGCUAGUAGCAGGGUCAAGCGUUCGAAGCCAUAUACUCGGAUCAUUGUCGUUCUUUGCCAUCCCCAAGUUCUACGCCAUUGCAUUCUCAUAUUCACACAUUUUUCUUAGCGUUACCACCUACAUAACCGUCGUCGUGGACCUCGCAAUGGAUCAGAAAAUAUUGAAAUGGAACGCUGUUCUCUUGAUCACGAUCUUUGCAACAGCGGAGAUGGUGUCGAGUUUUGCAUCCGGAUGGAUUACAGACAAGGGCUUCUUGAGAAGGAGCACCAUGAUGACGCUGCACUUUCUCCUCUCGGCUAUGGCCUUGUUUCUUUUGCCCCUUUGUUACUCGUAUUCCCUCAUGGUCCUUAUGUCCGUGAUUCUAGGCUGGUCCGCUGGAGCCACCGAGAUCCUGAUACAUGUUUUCUUCAUGGAACUGGUUGAGUCCGCCAACUUCAGCGUCUGCUUCGGUGCGGCGUCCCUCAUGGCUGGCCUGUCCGGGCUUGCCAGGCCUCCGAUAAUUGGACACUUCAGGGACGGAUUGGGAAAUUAUCGCGGAUUGUUCUGGCUCCUAGGAACUUUGUCAGCCUGCAACGUCGUCUUAUGGUGCGGGCUUUGCUUGAGAGAGAGGCGGAGAUGCAACGAGAGAAAUCUCGACAAGCGGCAACCGAAGGAACAUCCCCAGGCAUGACAAUCUGCCGCUGACUGUUAUUUGUCACGGUCUGCACCCGUCCAAAGCUCUGUUCUAUUCCCUCUUUACGUACCAAUAA